UUUUUCCGCAUUCUUUCUCCGCACUGCGGCCCGAACCUUACUCGCUACCGACGGACUGGAACUUACUAGGCGCCUAGUAAAAGUAUAAAUAAUGGCUGACGACGCAGAUGGUGUUAUUAGAUCCUCGGCGGCUAGUUGGUUUUCCUCCGACGUCCCAGGCGCCGAGGGACCUGGAGGUUGGCGUCUUGAUGUUGUUACUCUACUUGCGGUUAUUGGCGAGUCUUCCAUAGCGGAACACUGUCAAACUAUCACCGCCAGCAUCUUCUGCCUCCUUCCACGCAUCAUCCCCGCUCCGCAGGCAUUCCUAAAACCUUCCCGCCCCGGUCGAUUACCCGAGACCACGGCAAAAUUGACCGGUGUCUACAGCGGUGUUGUCCUCGACACCGUGGGAUUCUUCGCUAAUAUCAUCCACCCCCUCGACGAGUUGCAGCCGUUUGCCUUCCGAGUCUUGCAUAUCACCCAUACCGACCGGAAUAACGCCGGUGGCACCGAAGUCCCUAGAAUCAGAAAUAGAACGACCUUACUUGAAAGAAUGCGUACAAAUGGAAAGUCUGCUACUCCUUCUUCGUAUGAACUCCGUACUCUACCACGAGGUCCUCCGGCAGAUCGCAAUGCGCCGAUAGACACGGGAAACAGCAACGACAUCGAGGCUGGACCAUCACCUGGCCUAAAUAGGCGGGCGACGAUCAAAGAGAAAAUCCAAGAUUUUGCGGCCAACCCGACGCUUGCCAAUAACAAGAAGCGGCCUGCAAUCCCUGCUACCCUAUAUUCGCCCGUCCACGUCCUCUCAUUAUUUUCUCUGUUAUUGACGUGCGGUAUCAUCGCCCUCGCGGCCGUACUCGAGGAUGGGACUGCCAUCCUCGCCGUUACCCUCAUCUCUUUUGCGAGCUCCAUCGUUGGCUGGGCUUCAUGGUGGAAGCCUAUUCUGAUGAAUCGCAGUCACACUAAUACGGUGCCCGACGGUGAUGUGAUCAUUCGCACACGGGAGGGCGCAUUCCUCCUUAUCAAAUGUACCGAAGAAGUAGCGCGUGAGCUCUAUUCAGGCACGGAGGAAUGCGAGUACCACGUUAGCGGAAGCGCUUAUAGGGUGCUCAUGGGAUUUGGAACCUGUUUGCUAAUGGUAUCUGUCAUCCUCCUGGGCAACUGCAAAUGGUGGUCUCAAGUCUUCAUCGGUGUUAGUUACAUCGUGUUGAAUGGGCUCUACUGGACCAUGGGGUUGAUCCCAAAACGCUUCUUCUGGGACUUGAGCCGCUAUCAAAUCAGAGACAUAACUCCCAGAGAAGCACAGAACGCACACACAGAGACCUCCAGCGAUCCGCGCGAAGGGGUCAAAAGCUACACGCGCACUCUAUGGUACGCGAUCCGCGAAACCAAGCGUACCGCCUGGGUCAACAGGAGCGGCGCGGCUCCCGACACGCCGCAGUGGCGCAAAUGGCUUGCGGAGGCCGAGGAGGCUGCGAUUUUGAAUAACAAGGACUGGACCUCCGUUGCUCGUAAGGACGUGAUUAUGAAGAUGACAGAGAGCGAACUCAAUGAGAAGGAUGCUUCGGCCCCCGAGGCGACUCGAAUAUUUGACCAGGCGGAGCAAGCGGCACCGAUGACCCAGGUACAACCUCGAGACCGACGCCCUGCCGACGGUACUCUAUAGGCCGUCUUGCGCCAAUCAGCGGGCUUCUACCUUUUUGGAAUAGUCAAUGCGUUGGAUAUACCCCUUUAUAUUUACGAUCGAGUUGCUGAUAUCAAAACCUUUACAUCUCAU